CUUCUUCAACGCCGCACUGGCUUUGUUGGUAGAUGCCCUCUUGCGAUGGCGCGGUGGCAGCCCCGUAAGACCUCCUCUGCUAAAGCCACACGCAAAGGCUUCAGCAAAUCUCCCAAGAAAGAAGGUGACUUGAAUCUCACGCCAGCUUACUUGCCCCUAGGAGGCACUCGCAAUGCUACCAACUCAAAGAAUGGCACUGGCAAGCCAGGCAAGCGAGGCAAGUACCUUGAGCAAGCCAAGCAAGGAAAGCAUGGCAAGCAAGGCAAGCACCGUGAGCAAGGUGGCGAACACCGUCGCCCACUGGUGGAGAUGGUGGAUUACAUCCGCUCCUGUUGCAAGGUGGAUGGCCUUGGUCCAAGUGAGGAGGCCUUGUUGUCCACGCGCGCCUUGGAAGAGAUCAGCUCCUCAGUGGAUCGCUUGAGGGCGAUCGCGAAGGAUCAACGAGGUUCCAAGCCCUUAGAGAAGCUCAUCAAGAAAGCCACGACAGAGUCCUUUGCGUUGAUUUGUCCAAUGCUUUUGGAGGACUUGGAAGACCUGGCCACCAACCAAUAUGCUUCGCACGUCUUAGAGACGGCCCUGAGAUCCUGGGCGGAACGCUUGGGACAGGAGACAAAGCCUCCUGUUGAGCCAGUAGUGUCAGCCUGCACGAAGCUCAAUGAAGGCCUUUGGCCUUCCUUGGUGAAGAAUGCAAGCUCUGCACAUGUCCUUCGGCAAUUGCUCAUGGCACUUGGUGGCUAUGCACAUGAGGAAGGCAAAGAAAAGUUGGCCGCGCGAGCUGGCUUGUUGCCACAAACCAAACAUGAAGUGGCACCCGAGAUCGCCGAAUGUCGACGUCAAUCAGCUGCAAGUCUCAUCAAGCUCAUCAGACAAGAUUACCAUCUAUGUCUCAACUCUCAUGCCAGCCCAGUGAUUCAGCUCCUCUUACGCCUCUUGCGCGAUUGCAAUGAUCGUGCUCUCCUCUCUGAGGCCUGUGCGGCUGUGGUGGGAGCAACGAAGGGACUCCCGUCUAUGGAACGCUGCGAAGCGCUCACCGCAUCCGCAGCAGGCUCGCGAGUCUUGGAAGCUGUGCUGGAAGCAGCAGGGGCAGAGCUGUUUGCAGAGCUCUUCUCGCGCUACUUUCGAACCCGUUUGUCUGAUCUGGCCACUGGAUCGAAUGAGUUUGGCCCGUUUCUCUCGCAGAAAGUCGCAGAUGCCUUGCGAGAAGGCCCACAACUCCAAUUAGCUUUGAGUGAACUGGAUUUCGUUGCUUGCCUGGGUACUGGAUCGCAAUCAGCACAGCACAUGGUGGUGCUGAAGUUCCUGGAAGCCUCCUUGCGUCUGCGAUCGGGGCUCAAACAAGCUGCCGGAGGUGUCUUCCGCGCCUUGGGCCUCCAAGCCUCCUCGGAGUAUCAUCGCACCUGGUCGUCUAUCCUAUCUUUGACUUCUCUAGAGGUCCCGGACCUCCUGGAGGCUCCGACAAGUGCAGCACCAAAAACCGAGAAGUCCAAUCCCAAGAAGUCCAAGAAGGCCAAGAAGUCGCCCCAGGCGCCCAAGCCAGAGCGGUCCGAGGAGCCGAACCGCUUGAGGCGGCUGCCAGCGGGUGGCGCGAUGCUCCUGGCGGUGUUGUUGCGCUUCCCGGCCGAGACGGUGGCUCCGGUGACUUCGGGGCUUUCGAAGAUGCUCAGUUCAGAUCUUCUGGUGGCCUUAGCAAAGGAGUCUCGAACGGCCAGAGUCUUGGAAGCUGCUUUGGCACCUUCAUCGGCUUUAGGUCCUCGGCUGCGUUUGAAACUGGCGGCAGCCUUUAAGGGUGCGAUGGCCACUCUGGGUCCUCACCACAUUGGAGGCUGGGUUUGCGCGGCGCUUUGGCGGACGAGCUUAGCAGAUCCCAAGCUCCGUGAGAGCUUUGCCAAGGAACUCUUGGGUGUCGAAGAUCAGCUUAGAGCUGAGAACUUCGCUGUGUGGAAGGUCUGCGGCCUACACCAGGUGAAAGUGCGUUCGGAAGAAUGGAUGAAACAGCAAAAGAAGGCCGGAAAGGUUCAAGCACUCUUUGCUGAUAUUCUGGCUGGUGAAGGUGAAGAAUCCGCGAAAGCUGCUAAACUACGAAAAGCACGGGCAGAUGAAGACGAGGCUUUGGCCAAAGCAGCGGCUAUGGAAGAUCCUACCCUGUGUACUCAAACACCUGCUUUAAAACAGGCGAAGACGACCUUAAUUUGAGAAGUGGCCGUUUCGAAAAAAGUGGUCGUUCCACAUGGCUCAGAAACGCUCAGAAAC